CCGGGAACCCGAGGGAGAUCAGGUCCCCCAGGAAGACCCGGCUCAAGCGGACCUCCUGGCAAACAUGGACCAAUAGGGAGUCAAGGACCCAUGGGUAUAAAGGGGGAUGUUGGAAUUCCGGGAGAUCCCGGUCCCGUGGGACCUAGAGGCCCGCCGGGUAUGAAAGGCGACAAAGGUGGCCCGGGCCAGUCCAUCUCGGUUCCAUCUCUGUUGCAGAGUCCUGUUGGAAUGACAGUCAAUGAAAGUCAGACGGCCAUCUUGAAAUGUACAGCCGAUGGUAAUCCAAGUCCAAAGAUCACGUGGUCUAAGCUGAAUUCAUCGCUUCCUGUGGGUCGUUACGUGGUAGAGUCCAGUGGCGCUCUGAUUGUGAAGGACGUUAGACCUGGAGACGACGGUGUUUAUAGUUGCAGAGCGGAAAAUCUACUGGGACAAGUGAAUGUUUCGGCGAAAUUGACUGUUCAGUGUACGUCCGACUUAUUCUCAUCUUUAAUAUCUAAAGUCAAAGCAUUAACUCACACAACGAAUGGCCUAAAUCUUGAACCCCUUCCUCCUCAACUUUUAUUGUCAUCCAAUCGUUUAAUGGCUGAAGAGAAACAAAACGUCACCAUCCCCUGCACUGCUACUGGUCAGCCGCCUCCCAGUAUCACGUGGUCCAAAGCAGUUGGUAGUUUGCCUGAAGACAGAACUGAACUGAUGAAUGGAACCCUGACAAUACACAGUGUGACAAGAAACGACGGUGGAACAUACAUUUGUAAGGCGGAGAAUAUUCUAGGAUCAACAUCAGACACUUCUUUAGUUAUGAUAUUCUCUCGUUUGCGGUUCAAAGUUCGUCCUCCUCAAGAAGUUACUCCUGUGAUUGGUUCAAGCGUUCAGCUACCGUGUGUGGCCGAGAGUGACCUGAAACCGACCGUCGCCUGGACCAAGAAUGGCAAGUCUUCACUUCCUGUGGAGUCCAAUUUUCUACCGAAUGGAACACUGCUUAUAAGAAACAUCAAGAAAUCACACAAGGGAUCUUACACCUGUAGAGCUACUAAUGCUUUGACAACUAUAGAAGCUAAAGUCAAAAUCAAUUCUCCAGUUAUGGCAACUUCCUGUUCUGUAAUAAGAAAAUAUGUCAGAAGUGUAAGUGGAAGCUAUGCCAUUGACCCAGAUGGCGCAGGAGGCCUGGCACCAUUUACAGUUUAUUGUGACAUGAUUGACAAGAAUGGAGUAGGCGUGACCGUCAUCAGUCACGCCAGAGAAAGCAGAAUAAUCGUAAUAGGAUGUUAUCCUAAAGGUUGUUACUCACGUGACAUUCACUACACAGGAGCAAGUUUUUCACAGCUGGCGAGUCUCACCAGCGUCUCAUCACACUGUGAGCAGUAUAUUAAGUACGAGUGUUAUCAUUCAAAACUACGCAGAGACGAAAUGGCAUGGUGGGUGUCACGUGAUUCUAGUAAGAUGACGUACUGGGGUGGAGCAUCACCUGGCAGUGGUAAGUGCGCAUGCGGUAUGACCAACUCAUGUGCAAACCCAAGUUAUGGUUGUAACUGUGAUAAGAAUGACUAUGUAUGGCGUGAAGACAGCGGUCUCCUUACUGACAAGACAAGUCUGCCAGUUAAACAGCUCAGGUUUGGGGACGCAAUCGGCCCUGACCAAGGUUACCACACACUGGGAAAACUGAAAUGCUAUGAUCUCAACUUUGUCUGCCUGCUAGCUGCAAUGAAGCAACAUGAUAGAGGACUGAAGAAGACGAACAGAAGACAAACACUGGACCGCUUGUGUUCCGGGUCAGGCUUGCUGUUGUCUGUUGUGUGUUGUAUCGCGCUAAUUCACGUGGAAUUCAGCAUACAAGAACAUCAUCGACUGAUAUCACACUCAGUAACAUUCUGUGAUAACAUGGUGACAGAAAUCCUGCGAAAAGUUCAACAAAAUUAUGAACAAUGGCAAGUUAAGGUUUCAGGUCGCCAUUGGCAACCGACCAAAGGUGAACAAGAAACGCUGUCAAGAAAAAGACGUUCUUCACGAGAUGAAUCACAACAGAAAUGGACCCUAACAGCCUCUGAAAUAAAAGUGUUGAUCAAACAAGAACUUGGACUGCUACAAAACCAAGUCUGUGAUCACAAGCUCUGCCAUGCAGGACCAAAAGGGAACACGGGAAGACGAGGAAGACCGGGAAUUCGAGGGAGACCAGGGAGACCCGGCUCAAGCGGACCUCCUGGCAAACAUGGACCAAUAGGGAGUCAAGGACCCAUGGGUAUAAAGGGGGAUGUUGGAAUUCCGGGAGAUCCCGGUCCCGUGGGACCUAGAGGCCCGCCGGGUAUGAAAGGCGACAAAGGUGGCCCGGGCCAGUCCAUCUCGGCUCCAUCUCUGUUGCAGAGUCCUGUUGGAAUGACAGUCAAUGAAAGUCAGACGGCCAUCUUGAAAUGUACAGCCGAUGGUAAUCCAAGUCCAAAGAUCACGUGGUCUAAGCUGAAUUCAUCGCUUCCUGUGGGUCGUUACGUGGUAGAGUCCAGUGGCGCUCUGAUUGUGAAGGACGUUAGACCUGGAGACGACGGUGUUUAUAGCUGCAGAGCGGAAAAUCUACUGGGACAAGUGAAUGUUUCGGCAAAACUGACUGUUCAGUUUCCUCCUCAACUUUUAUUGUCAUCCAAUCGAUUAAUGGCUGAAGAUAAACAAAAUGUCACCAUUGCCUGCAUUUCUGCUGGUCAGCCGCUUCCCAGUAUCACGUGGUCCAAAGCAGUUGGUAGUUUACCUGAAGACAGAACUGAAGUGUUUAAUGGAACCCUGACAAUACACAGUGUGACAAGAAAAGACGGUGGAACAUACAUAUGUAAGGUGGAGAACAUUCUAGGAUCAGUAACAGACACGGCUCAACUCACGAUAUUUUCUCCCCUGAAAUUCAAAGUUCGUCCCCCUCUUGAAGUGACUCCCCAUGCGUUUGGUGCAAGUGUUCUUUUACCGUGUGUGGCCGAGAGUGACCUGAGAACAACAAUCGCCUGGACCAAGGAUGGCAAGUCUUCACUACCUGUGGAGUCCAAUUUUCUACCGAAUGGAACACUGCUUAUAAGGAACAUUAAGAAAUCGCACGAGGGAUCUUACACCUGUAAAGCUACUAAUGCUUUGACAACUAUAGAAGCUAAAGUCAAAGUCAAUUCUCCAGUGGCAACUUCCUGUUCUGUAAUAAGAAAAUACGUCAGCGGUGUAAGCGGCAAUUACGUCAUUGACCCAGAUGGCGCGGGAGGUCUGUCACCAUUUACAGUUAAUUGUGACAUGAGUGACAAGAAUGGAGUUGGCGUGACAGUUAUCAGUCACGACAGUGAGAGCAGAACGUACGUGAAUGGGAAUGGGUAUACCGGUCGUGGUAGUUACUCACGUGACAUUCAUUACACAGGAGCGAGUUUUUCAAAGCUGGCGAGUCUCACCAGAGUCUCAUCACACUGUGAGCAGUUUAUCAAGUAUGAGUGCUAUGGUUCAGUGAUGUUAACUAGUUACGGAGUAUAUGCCUGGUGGGUGUCACGCGAUUCUAGUCAGAUGACGUACUGGGGUGGAGCAUCACCUGGCAGUGGUAAGUGCGCAUGCGGGAUGACCAACUCAUGUGCAUACCCAAGUUAUGGUUGUAACUGUGAUACGAAUGACAAUGUAUGGCGUGAAGACAGCGGUCUCCUCACUGACAAGACGCAUCUGCCAGUUAGACAGCUCAGGUUUGGGGAUGCAUCCGGUAGUAACAAAGGUUAUCACACACUGGGAAAACUAAAAUGCUAUGGAUAUCUCGAUCUGUUUGUUUGUUUUACAGCUGCAGUAAUGAAACAAUCAAAACAAGACAACGAAGAGAAGCAGACGAACAGAAGACAAACACUGGACCGCUUGUGUUCCGGGUCAGGCUUGCUGUUGUCUGUUGUGUGUUGUAUCGCGCUAAUUCACGUGGAAUUCAGCAUACAAGAACAUCAUCGACUGAUAUCACACUCAGUAACAUUCUGUGAUAACAUGGUGACAGAAAUCCUGCGAAAAGUUCAACAAAAUUAUGAACAAUGGCAAGUUAAGGUUUCAGGUCGCCAUUGGCAACCGACCAAAGGUGAACAAGAAACGCUGUCAAGAAAAAGACGUUCUUCACGAGAUGAAUCACAACAGAAAUGGACCCUAACAGCCUCUGAAAUACAAGUGUUGAUCAAACAAGAACUUAGUCUGCUGCAAAACCAAGUCUGUGCUAAAGAUCACACGCUCUGCCGUGCAGGACCAAAAGGGAACACGGGAAGACGAGGAAGACCGGGAACCCGAGGGAGACCAGGUGCCCCAGGGAGAACCGGAUCAAACGGACCUCCCGGUAAACAUGGACCAAUAGGAAGUCAAGGACCCAUGGGUAUAAAGGGGGAUGUUGGAAUUCCGGGAGACCCCGGUCCCGUGGGACCUAGAGGCCCACCGGGAAUGAAAGGUGACAAAGGUGAGCCGGGCCAGUCCCUCUUGGCUCCAUCUUUGCUGGAGCGUCCUGUUGGAAUGACAGUCAAUAAAACUCAGACGGCCAUCAUGAAAUGUACAGCCGAUGGUAAUCCAAGACCGAAAGUCACGUGGUCUAAGCUGAAGUCAGUACUUCCUGUGGGUCGUCACGUGGUAGAAUCUAGUGGCACUCUGAUUGUCAAUGACGUUAGACCUGGUGAUGACGGAGUUUAUAGCUGCAGAGCUGACAGUUUGCUGGGACAAGUCAAUGCCUCUGCCAAAUUAACUGUUCAGUUCGCUCCACAGGUCAUGCUGUCAUCCAACGGACUGCUGGCCAAUGAAGAUCAGAACGUCACCACCACCUGUUCUGCUACUGGUCAGCCGCAACCAAGUAUCACCUGGUCCAAGUCAGUUGGUAGUUUACCCGAAGACAGAACUGAAGUGAAGAAUGGAACCCUGACAAUCUACAGUGUGACAAAGAAAGACAGAGGAACAUACAUUUGUAAAGCAGAGAAUAUUCUGGGAUCAGCAACAGACACGGCUCAACUGAUGGUAUUCUCCAGAAUCCGGUUCAAAGUUCACGAAAUAGUCGAUGGCGAAGCAUGCUUACGGCUAAAAGCGCAAAAGUUUGUUUUUCAGCCAGAAUAUGAGAAUAACAGACUUUCGUUUUGA